AGGCCUUUCUCAUUUUCCUGUGAAUCAAUCCAAAUAUCCAAUCAUGUCGGAGAACGAGUUGGUGAUCUUGGACUGCUGGGCCAGCCCAUUCUGCAUGAGGGUGAAGAUUGCCUUGGCGGAGAAGGGACUUGACUACGAAGCAAGGCCUGAAGAUCUCUUCGGAGGGAAGAGUGACCUCUUGCUCACUUCCAACCCCAUCUACAAGAAGGUCCCCGUUUUCUUGCACGACGGCAAGCCUCUCUGUGAGUCAUCCGUCAUCGUUAGCUACAUCGACGAGACGUGGCCUGCCCCUGCCCUGCUCCCGUCGACCCCUUACGAACGUUCUCAAGCACGCUUCUGGGUUGACUACAUUGAUAAGAAGGUAUUGUUCGAUUCCUCUGCUGCCAUCUGGAAGGCAUCGGGGGACGAUGCCAUGGAGGGAGCCAAAAAGGAGUUCGUCGAGGUGCUGAAGGUGUUGGAAGGAGCCCUAGGGGAGAAAGAGUACUUUGCUGGGGAUGCAUUUGGGUACGUUGAUAUCCUUGCAAUCCCAAUCACUUGCUGGUUCUUGGCAAGUGAGAGGUUUGGGAACCUCAAGGUUGAGGCUGAGAGCCCUAAGCUGUCAGCUUGGAUCAAGAGGUGCAUGGAGAAGGAGACUGUUGCCAAGGUUGUCCCUGACCCAGAAAAGAUCUAUGAGUUUGUUAUCAACUUGAGGAAGAUGUUCGGAAUUGCCUAGAGAGGGAGAGAGAUCAGAGAGGCUCUAAAGUGACAGUUUGAAAUCUCCAAUUUUUUCUUGCUUUCCAAUAAAGAUCUGUAUAAUCAGUCUAUGGUGGAGUGAAAGUUAAACAGCAAAGAUUAUACUUCAACUGAGAGAUGAAACU